AUGCAAGUGCCCAUCCUCGGUCGUUUAAACUAUCGCGAUUACCAGGCUUUGGUAAUUGGUCUCGUUUUGUUAUUUCUCGAACGUUUACUUCGAGUAGUCACGUAUUGCCUGCCUUCUUUCAUUCUCGAAUUUUUCAAAGGCCAGAGUCAAAAGAUAUUUAACAUGCGGUACAAGGAGGCACGGACACGCCCUACGAAGAUAAUUCAAUGUGCUAGGUCUUUCCAGGAGAUGGCUAAAUACUGGGGUUAUGAUGUGGAAGAUCAUAUUGUCAAGACGCAAGAUAAAUAUAUGUUGGGAAUUCAUCGUAUUCCCAAAGGAAGAUAUUCACCCAAGAAUGAUGAAGAUCGUGAAAAAAUCAAAUCCAUAUUCAAUAGAUGUGGGAUAUCUGGUUCUGCCAUUCGUGAUGAUAUAAAAGGAAUUAAGCCUGUGGUAUUGUUGUAUCAUGGACUUAUGAUGAGCAGUGAUGUGUGGAUGUGUAAUUUGGAAGAAGAAAGAAGGCUGGCUUGUUUACUGGCAGAUGCUGGCUAUGAUGUUUGGUUGGGAAACGCAAGAGGAAAUAGAUAUUCAAUGAAACACAUAAAGUACAAACCGAACUCAAGAAGGUUCUGGGAUUAUUCUAUGGAUGAAUUUGCUCUGUAUGACUUACCGGAUACAAUUGAUCAUAUUCUUGGCAUAACUGGGGCGCCAUCGUUGACAUACAUUGGAUUUUCUCAGGGAACAGCGCAAGCUUUUGCCGCACUUUCAAUCAAUCCCAAAUUAAAUGAUAAAGUGAAUCUCUUUGUUGCCUUGGCCCCAGCGACGAGUCCAAAAGGUCUACAAAAUCCCAUCGUUGAUGCAUUCAUAAAAGCCUCCCCUAAUAUUAUUUAUCUUUUCUUUGGUCGCAAGGCUUUUAUAACAAUGACAAUAUUCUGGCAAAGGGUCUUGUCUCCUCCGAUUUACACCAAAAUUCUUGACAAAUUCAUGAAUUUCCUUUUUGGUUGGAAUGGAGAAAAUAUGACCGAAGAUCAGAAGGCUGCAUCUUAUUGUCAUCUUUACGACUUUACGAGUGUGAAAAGCUUAGUGCACUGGUUUCAGAUAAUUCGAGCAAACAAUUUUCAAAUGUAUGAUGAGCUACCGCCAUAUUCAUCAUCCACUGCCCUCGGUCGUUGGUGCCACAAAUUUCCCACGGAACAAAUAAAGAGCCCUGUUGCCAUAUUUUAUGGUGGAAGUGAUAGUCUGGUAAAUAUUGAUGUGUUACAUAAGCAGCUGCCGAGGCCCGCAUUUGAAAAGAAUAUACCGCCGUACGAACACUUAGGUAUGAAUUCAAUGGGUUCGCAAGAUGAAUGGUCAUUGAUUUCUGACAUAUUUAUUAUUUAG